AUGGGACGCAAGCCGAACGCGCUGAUCCUCGAGUUCUUCGAGAGAGGAGCCAAAUUGGCCGACCAGAGUAACAGAUACGAGCAUAGCUGCAAAAGAUGCGGCGAGGUGUUUCCAAAGGGUAGACCGGACAGUUUGACACGUCACUUGUUCGAGAAAUGUGCCAACAUCACCGACGAGGACCGCUCACGCGCCUUGUGGCAGCCCGCCGACAACUAUACCGCCUCUGCCACAUCAACACCACAGUCAGACGCCGACCUUCCUCUGAUGCCACGCCGCGAGCCCUCGGGACUGGAUGCGCUUGCCGAGGUGUCACGUCAGCUGCAAGCCAAUGGUCAGCACGAAGAGGCUCUGGUAGCCCAACUGCGACAACACAUGGAUCAAGAGAAGGACAACGGGCCCAUGAUGCACACCACAAGCAACCCUGCCGGCUAUCCUAGAAAGUCGAGAAAGCGUCGAGCAGAGUCGGAUGUUGCUUCACACCGUCAGCACCCGCAUACACAUGCACAUGCACAUGCACAUCCUCCAGUUGAUCCACAACUCCAGCAGGCCGACGACUAUUCAACCUUUGUCAACAACUCUCUCGAAGAGACGUCUGCCCACCAAUCGCCUCAACCUCAGUCCCAACCGACGUCUCAAUCACACCAGUCCCGCCAGCAUUCGCAACAGCCACAGCAGCUCCAGACCCAUCAGCAACCACACCAACCCGUACAGCCACCUUCCCAGCAACCAGUACACCAUCCAAUGCAGCAACAAGCACAACUGUCUGCUCAAUCCGACGACCAGCUAACACACACCUCACACCACUCGACUCAGACACCCCAACAACAAGCACAAGACACUACGCCACAAUCAUACGCCGAGCCACCAGCUUUCACCGUCAAUCACGGUGGUUUUGGUCUGCUCCAACGCGCAAACAAGAACAAGGUGCGUGGCAGGUUCUCCGAGGAAAGACGUAAACAGGUUCAGACGGUGCGCAAGAAGGGUGCAUGUCUUCGCUGCCGCAUGUUGAAGAAACCCUGCUCUGAAGGCACUCCCUGUGGCACUUGUCAGAACAUCGAAAGCGCAAGGCUGUGGAAGAAUGCUUGUAUCCGCUCUCGCAUCGCCGAAGAGUUUACUCUCUACUCUUCCUCGCUCUUCCACGCCAAAGAACACCACACCGUCAUGUCCGCUUUGCAAGGCGUUGAGCCUAUGCAAUUGCCUGGCAGAAUCGAAGUCACUCUCUUUCCCGACACCAACAUAUACGCAACUUUUCCUGCUCUCAUGACGCCUCCCACCGCUCCGUCCCUGAUCUUCAUGCUUAACUACAGACGUGAUCCGGACACGCUGGCCGCUACCUUGGAACGCUACUUGCACAUGGUCAUUAUGCAGUGCAUCUCUCGUGAGCCCUCGACCUUCAUGCGAUCAACACUUGAAGUGGCCACUGAGCUCAGUGUUGAUCACAAUGAUGUUCUUCUCGGAAAGUUGAUCAAUCUUUGGGCCGCCACAAAUAUCCUGAUCUCGAAUGAGCCCAUCUGGUCCAUCUUCUACGAGCCCAACCAUCCACCGGUAAUGGAAGCCGUUCAUGGCGAGCACGCCGAAGAAAAUGCCUCCACGUCACAAGACAAGAGUCACUCGGAUCGCAAAGCUUUCUCGCAAGACAGCACAGACUAUAUCGUCAUCUACGCCCAGCUGCAGCAUGCCGCUGAGAGAUACUGCCAAAAGCAAGCCAAGUUCGUCAUGAACGAACUCGAGCGUCGCCUUUUGCAGCGUCAACAGUCAUCCUCCUUCCUCACCUUCCUCGCCGCCGUCAUCCUUCUUAAUUGCGUCGAGCGCAUGACAGGGCUAUAUCACUCCUUCGACCCCACGGGAUCUUCCUCCGCGGAGGACAUUCACGCUCAACUCACCACCGCAAACGACAAUGAAGACCAACAUCCCAAUCAACCCGUCGCUUCUCCCAGCGAAACCUCCGACCGCCCCGUCGACUGGCUCCUCGAAGACCCACCCUCCCACUACUGGCCCCAAGGCUCCUCCUUCAGCAACAUCCUCCACCUUUUACUUCGCAUGCGUGGCCUUCCCCCUGCUACACUGGUCCGUCACACAGGCACUCUAGUCGUCAUCCCUAGUUCGCACAACAAAGCCUAUUCGUCAGAGACUUCUGGUCCUGCCGCAGAGUCACAGUUACAACUCGCUGCUGCGUGGAUCGAACGCACGAAUGUGUCGGCGUAUGAUUUGUUGAGGGCUAAAGAUAGAGCGAUGGGGGAACUUGGGGGUGAGGUGAGGAAUUGGGAUUUGAGGUUUAUUGCUGCUCUGUUGUUGCCUAUGAGUGCUUGA